AUCUGCAAAAAAGGAAUGACAGGCAUUUCAAUCCGGACUAUUAGAGCACGACUGCGUUUCUUACAAGUUUACAAAUGUAUAGCAAAGCUAGUUUGAGAAGAAGAUCUCAGAGUUGAAGAAGUGAAAUGACUCUUCUGUUAUGUCGAUCGUGUGGGCUUUGUUGCAGAAGUUUUGAGGCGUCGUAUGAUUUUUGCUUAGCGGCCCAUUGAAGAGAGGGAUGGGCCAGACGUCUGUCUCCAGCUUGUUUCAGAAGAGAGCGAGCGUGGAGGGACUGGAAAAAUCUUCUCUGGCCAACUGUGAUGUGGUUGGAAGCUCACAGUCUCCUCAGCUCAAAGAAAAGGGGAAACUCUCGACUUUGGGCAAGAUCUUUAAACCUUGGAAAUGGAGGAAGAAAAGGACCAGUGAUAAGUUCCAGGACCUCUCCAAAGUGUUGGAGAGGAAAAUAUCCACCAGACAAACUCGAGAAGAGCUCAUAAGGAAAGGUGUCCUUAUACCUGACCAAGAUGAUCCUUUAAGCACAGAGACCUUGAACGGUCAUGCCGUGCCUGGUGAAGUUACUGAAAAAGUCAAAGUGGACAUUGAGACACAAGACAAGGCACCUGAAGAAAAGGCAGAGUUGUCAACUGUUGCGGAAGACCCAGAAGAGAGGAAUGACAUCAAGAUCAGCCCGCAGGCCACUGCGUCAGACACUCCAAAAGCCCCCGCUAAAAAACACCAGGUCAUUCCCCCAAAGCCCUCCGCUGAGGCCACGGUCACAGGUGUGAAGAUAGUUGGCCAAGCAGGGGCUAAAAAAGUGACCAAAAGCACCAGUAAGCAGGUCUCCUCCACGCCUCCUUCAAAGCAAACCACUCGAAGUGCCAAUGUUAAAUCUUCCAAUCCCAAGAAAACUGUAGUCACAUCCAAGAAUUCCACUCAAACUUCAGGACAAUCAUCUUCAGUGACCUGCUCGAAGACCCCAAAGAACAACAAAGCACAACUAACAGCAGCAGAAAUAAAGUCUGUCAAGAAAUCUGAACCAUCCAGGGCACCGCGGCCCCCUCCCAAACCCUCAUCUUAUAUGGGUAACUCUCCUCUGGAAAGCUCCUCUAAAAAGGACCAAAAGAAAAAAGUGACCUCUAAUACUAAUGAGAAGUCAGUUGAGGAGACAUCUCAGGAUGGGAAGGGUGCAAAUCGUCCUGCGGAAUCCUCCGUGGAGCUGGACAAAAAGAAGCCACAUGUUAACGAUGCAACAGAGGAAACCGCCUUCACUGGAUCCUCACAUGAACUUUCCUCAGACACUUUAAAUGAACCUGUAAGCGCAGAGAGUGAAGGAGAAAAGGUAAAGACAACAGCAGACCAAACACAGAGUUUUGUUGGGACUGAGGAAGGAGAGAGAACACAAACUGUCAAUGUGGAAAGCCCAGAAGUAACGGUCAUUCCUGACUCCAUUAGAGAAAACCAGGCCAAUGACUCUGAUUCAGAUGGGCCUAUACUCUACAAGGAUGAUGAAGAGGAGGAUGAAGAUGAUGAUGAGUAUACCUCUAGCUCCCUUGCGAGCAAAAUUCACCGCAAAGACACACUUGCCAUUAAACUUGGAAACCGGCCUAGCAAGAGGGAGCUAGAAGAGAAGAACAUACUCCCCCGGACGUCAGAGACAGAGCGACAGGAACUAUGGCAGCAGAUUGGCUGCAAAUUAGUGAGACAGCUGAGUCAGAGGCCCACCACAGAAGAGCUCGAACAACGAAAUAUUCUGAAACAAAAAAAUGAGGAAGAAGAACAAGAGGCCAAGCAGGAGAUUAAAAGAAGACUCUCCCGAAAGCUAAGUGUGCGGCCCACAGUCGCAGAGUUAGUGGCACGAAGAAUAUUGCGGUUCAAUGAAUACGUGGAGGUCACAGAAGCAAAAGACUAUGAUCGGCGUGCUGACAAGCCGUGGACCAGGUUAACCCCUGGGGAUAAAGCUGCUAUACGUAAAGAACUCAAUGAAUUUAAAAGCAAAGAGAUGGAGGUCCAUGAAGAGAGCAGACAGUUUACCAGGUUUCAUCGGCCCUGAGGUGGUGCCUGGUAGUGGGGGUGCUGGCAGGCCGCUAACUCGAGGCUCUCUCUUCCUGUCUCUUCGCCAUGCUCCCUGCUGAGAGGCUAACAGACUGACUCCCUGUGGCAGCCGCCGAUUCUCUGGCACUGGCUGCGCUCCAUGCUGGCAGUCCUGUCUUUGCUUAUUGCGGUCAGCCACUGGGGGGCUCAAGCAUAGUUAAAAAUGGGACUGAAAUGCCACUGCAAGCAGAAAACAGAGAGAGAAAGAGAGGGACCUUCAAACACGAUAAAGCAAUGUAAUUGUUCUGACCAGUUUUUUCAUGUCUGCUAUUUGAAUUUUUUGCACACACUAAGGACAAGACUUGCUCUUUUCAUUCACAGUGUCCCUGAUAUUCUUUCAAGGUAAAACUUAAGAACAUGCAGUGACUCGUUCUUGUAUUGUUGCUGCGUGCAAACACUGCAGCUCUGAGGAUUUUUGUUUUGUUUUUGUAUAUACUAGUUUUCUUGCAGUACUUCAGUGCAGAGUCCAGUAAUAUCUAUGAAUAUUCAUGCAUGUGAAAAACAUUUUAUAAGACAUAUGUACCUGGUUCUUGCUAUCAGUGUACCUUAAAAUGGAUAUUGAGGUCCAUUUGGACAUCACAAGGUCCAGGAUUAUUACUGCCAUUAUUCAUCUGUAUCUAGAUUAAUAAAGUACUCAAUAUAAUAGAAUGUAAUCAGAUUUAUGUUGUGCCUUGACUGUGUUUUUUGUUUAAAUGUCUGAUUACUUGAUGUAUGUACGUGGUCAUAUUGUAACAUAUAACUGCUGUUCAGGAAAAUAAUCUAAUCAUGUUUAUGACUUAAUCCAUGUUUAUUGACCUGUUUAAGAACUUAUUUCCCCUAAAUGUUAUCACAAUUUUCCCAAAGUUACUGCUAAUGUCACACUGAUUUUGGCUUGUCAAAAAUGUUAAUUAAUUGGAGGAUUUUAUUGUGCCUAGCCAUACCCAAGUUGUUACAAGAUAAUUUAGUUGAACAGUAAUUUUACUCACAAAAUUGUAAAGAGCUUCUCCAUAUUUAUAAAAAGGCAGAUUUUAUGAAUGAAAUGUGUCAAUAUUGCAUUGCUGCACAUUCUGGUGCUUGAUAUAAUUGUCGGGUCGUAUGUCAAAGGUAGAAUUUGCUGAACAGGCACUCGUGUCCAGCUUUGUGAGUUUUUCUAUUUUGUUUGUUAAUAUAGUUAGAAAUUGGGGAAACUUUUUUAAAUUAUUUCAAAUCAAUUGUACAGACUAUGUAUGAUACUGUAUAUGUGAAUACAUCCAGUAUAUUGCACAUUGGUUUGAUUCCUUUCAAAUAACAACACAUCCAAAGGAUGAUGCAAAACACUUUAACUUGUAUUUAAUACUUUAAAUGAUUUAGUUGCGAGUUUGAUCCUAGUUGAAAACUUCAAGCUCUCUCAUUUACAAAAGAGAAAUCGGAAUCACUAUUGAAGAAUUUUAGAUUGCAUAUUUAUAUACAUUUAACCUUUCUAAUCAAGGAAGUACCAUUAAGAAUGUAAAAAGUAAAGUUUACUGUAGUGUAGAUUAUUAUACACUUUCAAAACCCUCACACAUUCAUUACAUUGCAUAUUGAUUUAUAUUAAAAUUUUGUCUGUGUAAUUUGGGCCAUAUUUGCAAUAUUUAUAAUUAAUGAUAAUAAUGUGGAUGAGGACGUCUUUUUGUUCAUUAAAAAGCAGUACCACAAAAAAUAGAAAAUACGAUAAAUAUAGAAAAAUGUCACCGCUAUAAGAAAUAAGCUUUAAGAAAAUUUCCAACACUUUUUGUAAAACAAAAUUUUUUUUUAUUAAAAAUGCUAGUAGCGUCUAUUUCCUCACUGGGUUUACAUCUGUGUUACUUAAUUUCACCAUCUGUUUGCUGUCUUUUGUUUUUAUGCUUAAUAAAGUUAAAGGUUAAGGAA